GGGUUCGCAGAUGUCGAUCUUUGGUGUCGAUCUAGGACAUGCAUGUCCGGCACAUGCGUUUGUAUGGAUGUGGAAACGUGGGGUGCGGAGAAGAACGCUCAGAUCCAAAUGAUGCUUCUCUGCAGCGCGUCACAGCCGAAAGAAAUAAAUUUCCGCAUUGUUGCUACGAAUGAUAUUGCUCUUGGAUGGAAAGAAUAGUCCGAAGUUGAUGGCUAUCUUCCUUUCAGAUGCAUCGGCGUAGAUCAUCACUAUGUAUGUAAGUGCUACAAGGCCAGAUAAGUAUAUGAACCCCUCUUUCUUGCUUUCUUUUUCUGCUCUCUUUCGUACCCCAUACCCAAAUUUUUCACCCCAAAAUGGCUUCAGCAUCGCACCAUGACUACACUCCUAAUCCCGCCCUCUAUACGGGCAAUCCCUUAGCCCAUGCCCAUAGCAAUUCCGCCAACUCCAUCUACUUUGCCCCGUUUGCUGGUGCCCUCCAGCCCGGGCUGUAUCGACCUCCUAAGAAAAACAUAGCAAAUCCUGCACCUUUAGGACUUGCCGCCUUUGCAUUGACGACAUUCGUAUUAAGCUUGAUAAAUUGGCAUACGAGAGAUGUUUCGCAGCCCAAUAUUGUGGUUGCGUUGUCUUUUGGGUAUGGCGGGUUGGUUCAGUUGUUGGCAGGGAUGUGGGAAAUGGCAGCUGGAAAUACAUUUGGUGCCACAGCAUUAAGUUCCUACGGAGGAUUUUGGAUAUCUCUCGCGAUUGUUUUGACACCAGGUGGAUUUGGAAUUCAAGCAUCCUAUGAAAAUCCAUUACAUUUUUACUAUGCAUUUGGAUUUUUCCUUAUGGGCUGGUUCAUAUUCACCUUCAUGCUCUGGAUUCUUACUCUUCGCUCCACCGUCUUCUUCUCCUUUCUCUUCUUUACGGUUGAUCUCACCUUCCUGAUGCUGGGUCUCGCCUACUUGUACCCUGGAGAAGCAGGUCCAAAUUUGGCUCUACAAAAAGCAGGCGGAAUGUUUGGGCUCCUAGCAACAUUUGCAGCGUGGUAUAUAACACUAGCUGGGUUGGCGGAUGAUUCGAAUAGCUUCUUUACGGUCCCGGUGUGGCAUUUCCCAUGGAGUGAUAAGGGGAGAGAGAUGAAGAGAGUAAGGAGUAGAAGCUUGGAGGAGGGGAGCGUUGGAGGGAGGAGCGAGGAACAAAAAACCAGGGAAGCGACUGUAUAGUUGAGGCGUAGUGGAAUGUUGAUACGAUAGGAACCGAAUCUGAACGAUAUUAAAAAUGGGUAGCUGGGUGUCAAUACUUUGUGAAAAGAGCUGCGACGAUGUAGCGAAUGUUUGUCAAGGUUUGAGAUGUACAUACCAUACAUGAAAGGUUUGCAGGGAAAAUACAAAAAGAAAUGAAUAGCA